AUGGUUAUUAAACCGCUGCAAGGCUGGAUAACCACCCCGCUAACCGCGACCCAAAUGGGCCUGCUCCUCUCCUCCUUGUCCAUGGUCGGUUUGGGCCUGGUUAACGCCUUUGCCUGCACGGUUAUGCUCCAGGCAGCCGAGGAGUUUGGCACCCCGGAAAGUUACCACGACUUAACCCAAAAAGUGUUGGGCACUCGGUGGGCGCAGCUCUUAGACGCUUUCAUCGUGUUGGGCGAGUUGUUUGCGUGCUGCCAGCGCCUGAUCCUGAUGGGGGAUUUUGCGGUUAGCAUCAAACACCGGCUGAUAACCCACCGGUUUAUGCCUAACCGGCCCCUGAUUGUCCUGCUCCGAGCGGCGGUCCUGAUCUGGCCUCUAAUCUAUACCAAGAAGCUGCAGUUCCUGAGCAAACUUUCGUUUGGCGCUGUUCUGUGCACCUUAACCGGCUUUGCUAUCCUAACCUACACAUUUAUUGACACCGCCGUAGGGGAAGGGUUACCACUCGAUGACGUAGUUCUAGCUAACUGGAGCCCAGAUCUAAUGCUCGCCCUGUCCAUCCAGCAGUUCGCGGGCCAAACCGGGAUCAUUCCGCUUUACCGGGAGAUGCGCGACCGCAGUCUGGCCAAGGGCAAAGCAUUAGUCUACAUCUCCUUUUCAAUCUGCGGGCUGCUCUACGUCAGCUUUGGGACCUUGGGCUACCUUCAAUAUCCGGGAACUCAAGAGGCCAACUUCUUUAACCUGUACGAGGACAAGCCAGGCGCCCUAUACACCGCCCUCUACAUUUCCCUCGCUAGUGUUGUCGUUGUGUUCCCGCUGAAUGUAAUCAUCGGGAGACUGCAUUUGGGUUACCUUGUCCUGGGCCCCAAGCGAGCGGAGGAGCGAAAGUGGGCUGUUCUUUUUGCGACCCUCUUUUUCCUCGGCUCCCUGGGGAUUGCGGUGGCCAUCAAGAACCUGGGCGUUGUGCAGGGGAUGGCUGGCGGCAUUGUGCUGAGCUUUGUAAACCUGGUUGUGCCGGGGUAUGCGCUCUUGAAACUGCUGGAUAAGGAGCGGAAGGGCGGGGGUAGUGGAGUGCGGAAGUUUGAGAACCACGCUUUUGAGAUGCGAGAGGAAGGCACGAAAGAAGCGCACGAAUCUAGCCCAGGCCGCAGCCAAGCUGGUGAGGGGAGACGACCGAACGCCAAUGAAGAUAGAGACGCUGCGCGGUCGUCUCCUGAACGGUCGGGGUCAAGCGACGAAGCAAGCGAAGGAGACGAGGCUCAGCAAAAUGGGCAAGGCGCUGAUGGGAGAUCCGAAAGGAAAGCCGGGAAAAACGGACAGGGGGGCCAUGAUCAGGCUCCGGCGGGUAGUCCGGACGAUCCCCCAAAGCCCCAGUCUAGUUCGCGUCUCUGGCUGGGCAAGUCUGCAGCUUACGGCUUGUUUGCGAUAGCGCUGCUACAGGCCGGAGUAGCGACUGUGGGCAAUGUGGUGUCUCUCUGCCUGGUGGGGUGGGACGACUCGAGCUCGACUUUCUCCGACUGA